AUGGCUGUUUACUUCUAUCUGGUAGCGGCAGUAGUCGCAGUGGUGAGUGCCGCUCCUCCUCCGCCACAACAGCGAUACCCUCAACAAGCAGGACUGCACCAACUCAAUCCACUGGACUACUUUAUAGAGCAACCAGUUGACAACUACUACAGACCGGCUGAACAGAAACAAGUUAGUGUAAAUGGUCCUCAUGGUUCGCCUGCUCGUCUGGAAUCCUUGGAGCCAGACAGUGAGGUCGAGUUGGUGCCAGGAGUACAACAGCCACAGCAACCUCCACAACAGAACCCAGUAGCUCCUAACAUACCUGGACUGGUGCCUGGACAGAGAGUCUUCAUAGUGCACAUGCCAGUUCCCGGUUACAGCCCCGGAAGCAUUGGAGGCUACCAACCUGUAUACAUUGUUGCUGCAGCACCUCAAGGAAACGCUAGGUUCCCAGGAAAUGGUUUCCAGAACACAGUUCUUGUAGACCCAUCAGGUCAUGGCGUCGUGAAUCCGUAUGCUGGUUACAACCGAGGUUUGGUCCAACCACAGGUGCUGCCCUCUCCCAUCGGUUACCAGAGCCGACCUUAUGACCUUGUGUACCAAGACCCUGGACUUGUUAAUGCCGCUGGUCAACCUAUCCAAGCAGAUGGCAGAGGUCCCAUCCACUUCUCCCAGAAUGUGGGACCCCAAGGACCAGUCAACCCUGCAGCCUAUCAGGGACCCGUCGCCCAACUUGCCCACCCAGGCCAAACGCCUAACUUGAGAGUACCUAGUGGUGCCCCAGCUCAACUGAAACAAGGGACUGAAGAAGCCAAAGAAGCUGUUGAUGCCAAAUCGAACCACAGAGCACAACCCCUCACACGAAACAAAGCGUAG